AUGGUUGCGGCUGCGAACCGGAAAUCCAGAGGGUCCAAGCCAACCGGACCGCCCCCGAUACGACACAAAGCACGGCAAAAGGCAAUACACAACGCUCGACGCAGCGAGCGCGGCGGAGCACGUGGCGGGCGUGGUGGAGGCCGCGGAGGAGGCGGAGGAGGCGGAGGAGGAGGCCGUGGUGGCGCAGGACGGGGUGGGCGAGGCGGAGGACGUGGCGGACGUUUUGCGCAGAAGAAUGGCAGGAACGAAUCGGGCCAAGACUUCAUACCUCUCUCCUCUGGUGGCAACAACUUCGAAGCCCUCUACAGGUCCUCACGCAACGACGACUUUGAUCUCGACAUGGACGGCGACAGUUCCGACUCAGACCAAUUCGGCGAUGAGUUGCUCGACGGCGACAUGUAUGAGGCCGAGGAUAUCGAGAUCAACGUGCAGGCGCCACUGCCCACGACCGGCCGGGGAAUACAACCACAAGCGGAUAUAAUGUUUACGGAGGCAGCCGCCGUCGCAGUAUACAGGCAGCUCUAUCUGCGCGAUUACCCACUCAGUACCUCAACCACGCGAGUGCGCUACGGUCUCUACCAGGAGGACACCUCUGCCGAUUCGGCCGCAUACAUCUCCCACGCACCAUUCACAGCAUCUCGCCGAUCGAGCGUCAUCAGCAUCAGCAGCGACACAAGCGAAGAGUCCACGGAUGGACCGACAACACCUGAGUACAAUCCGGGACGCGACUACGUCUUCACGUUCGGUAUGCACAAGGGCAAGCGGUUCACCGAUGUGAACGAAAACUACAUCAAAAUGAUCGGUGGUCAGUUAUACAAAUACAGGGACAGAAGACAUGGGUGCCUUUUGGAGGCAUUCGAGUACCACAGGCCGGGGCAGGCACGUCUUCAGCCAGACCACCCUCAAACCCAACAGACACAAGCUCAGCUAUCGCAGCCACGACAGCCUCCCACACGGAACGCACAAGGGUCUCGAUCGAACGCUCUUUCGGCAUCAGACACAUGGAGAUUCCACAAAGGGAUUCACCUGGGCAAGCGACUACACGACGUGCCUGAAAACUACCUACGAACACUAGAGGGCAAUCCCCUGGUCAGAGACGCCUGGCCUGGCUUCAAACAAGCACUCCAGGACUUCAAUGCCAAGACUGGUAGAAAAGGUCGGUCUCAGCCACAGCUUCAUACCAAGCGACAGAGGGGACCGAACGCCAUGACAGCGCAAGCGGAAGAGGGGGCCGACGACACUACUGCGACAGACGAUGUGCGAUAUAUGAGAACGCAGCCAAAGGCCCAGGCACCUACCGAAAGCUCCCGAGCCAAGUCCUUUCCCAGUCAGACGUCUGAAGUCAUUGACUUGACGCUGAGCGACGAGCUCGACGAUGUAUUCCCCGCAUAUUCGUCCAGGUCAAAAGCUCUCCAGGAUCACGCCGAAGAGCAGCGCCACUCAAAGUACGCUCUACAGAACAAGACGACCGGAAAACUUGGCGAGCGCUCUCUAGGUCAAUCCAGCGGCGGGCAGGGUACUGAAAUCAACGAAGGCGAAGAACGAUGGGCCAUUCCCUCACUAUCUGCAGAUGUCCUUGCCCAGCGGCGCCAACAAAAGAAACAGGAGAGGAAGAGGCAGAGGAAGGAGGCGGCCAUUGACGUCAUAAACGCCCAACGCUCCUAUGCGCCGGUCAUGUUCACCCUCUCAGAGGCAGUAGCCUUUCUCUGGCAACCCCAGCUAGCGAUCACCUACGAUCUUCCGACUGGCGACUAUGUACCUUGUCAGUAA